CCUGUAGUGGACGAUGCCGCCGAGAAGACGGCGGCGGCGGCGGCGCGCUCCGGCGGUCUAAAGCGGCGGCCGGCUGCCACGGGCCGGCGGCGCGAUGAGCUGGGCGACCGCCCCCGGCUCGGAGCUGUGAGGGGCUCGGGGCCGGGGGUGGGCGGCGGCGGCGCAGCGGCGGGCGGCCAACGGUCUCUCCUGGCGGCGGCGGCGGUGGCCAUGCACGGGACGGCGCGGCCGCGGCCGCCGCGCCGGGGCCGCCUCCCGGGGGCCCGCGGCCUGAGGGCCCCGCCGCCGCCGCUGCUGCUCCUGCUUACUCUUGUGCCGAUGCUGCCCGCGCCCGGCGCCGCCGCCGCUCCGGCCCCGCGGCCCCCGGCGCUGCUGCCCGCGGCCGCGGGGCCCAGCGUGAGCCUCUACCUGAGCGAGGACGAGGUGCGCCGGCUCAUCGGUCUCGAUGCAGAACUUUAUUAUGUGAGAAAUGACCUUAUUAGUCACUACGCUCUGUCCUUUAACCUGUUAGUACCCAGUGAGACAAAUUUCCUGCACUUCACUUGGCAUGCCAAGUCCAAGGUUGAAUAUAAACUGGGAUUCCAAGUAGACAACUUUGUGGCAAUGGAUAUGCCCCAGGUCAACAUUUCUGCUCAGGGGGAAGUUCCACGCACUUUAUCAGUGUUUCGGGUCGAGCUUUCCUGUACUGGCAAAGUAGAUUCUGAGGUUAUGAUACUAAUGCAGCUCAACUUGACAGUAAAUUCUUCAAAAAACUUUACAGUCUUAAAUUUUAAACGAAGGAAAAUGUGCUACAAAAAACUUGAAGAAGUAAAAACUUCAGCCUUGGACAAAAACACUAGCAGAACUAUUUAUGAUCCUGUACACGCAGCUCCAACCACUUCUACACGUGUGUUCUAUAUCAGUGUAGGGGUUUGCUGUGCAGUAAUAUUUCUUGUAGCAAUAAUCUUAGCUGUUUUGCACCUUCAUAGUAUGAAAAGGAUUGAACUGGAUGACAGCAUCAGUGCCAGCAGCAGUUCCCAAGGGCUGUCUCAGCCCUCUACCCAGACGACUCAGUAUCUGAGAGCCGACACACCCAACAAUGCAACUCCUAUUACCAGCUCCUCAGGUUAUCCUACCUUGCGGAUAGAGAAGAACGACCUAAGAAGUGUCACUCUUUUGGAAGCCAAAGCUAAGGUGAAGGAUAUAGCAAUAUCCAGGGAGAGGAUAACUCUAAAAGAUGUACUCCAAGAAGGUACUUUUGGGCGUAUUUUCCAUGGGAUUUUAAUAGAUGAAAAAGAUCCAAAUAAAGAAAAACAAGCAUUUGUAAAAACAGUGAAAGAUCAAGCUUCUGAGAUUCAGGUGACAAUGAUGCUCACUGAGAGUUGUAAGCUGCGAGGUCUUCAUCACAGAAAUCUUCUUCCUAUUACCCAUGUGUGUAUAGAAGAAGGAGAAAAGCCCAUGGUGAUAUUGCCUUACAUGAAUUGGGGGAAUCUAAAAUUGUUUUUACGGCAGUGCAAAUUAGUAGAGGCCAAUAAUCCUCAGGCAAUUUCUCAACAAGACCUGGUCCACAUGGCUAUUCAGAUUGCCUGUGGGAUGAGCUAUCUGGCCCGAAGGGAGGUCAUCCACAAAGACCUGGCUGCCAGGAACUGUGUCAUUGAUGAUACUCUUCAAGUUAAGAUUACAGACAACGCCCUCUCCAGAGACUUGUUCCCCAUGGACUAUCACUGUCUGGGGGACAAUGAAAACAGGCCGGUUCGGUGGAUGGCUCUGGAAAGUCUGGUGAAUAAUGAGUUCUCCAGCGCUAGUGAUGUGUGGGCCUUCGGCGUGACGCUGUGGGAGCUCAUGACGCUGGGCCAGACGCCCUAUGUGGACAUCGACCCCUUUGAGAUGGCCGCAUACCUGAAAGAUGGUUACCGAAUAGCCCAGCCUAUCAACUGUCCUGAUGAGCUAUUUGCUGUGAUGGCUUGCUGCUGGGCCUUAGAUCCAGAGGAGAGGCCCAAGUUCCAGCAGCUGGUCCAGUGUCUCACCGAGUUCCACGCGGCCCUGGGGGCCUAUGUUUGACUCUCCUCUCGCAGUCCCACAGCGUCCAGGAGGAAGGUGCCUGUCAGGGCUCACUGGGAGCCGGUCUUGGACGCUUCAUCCGCCACACCACGCCACACCAUGCCACGCCAGCAAAAGCACAUUUGUCUUCCAGAACACCGUGCCUUAGGAAUGCUUUAGAAUCUGAACUUUUUAAGACAGACUUAAUAAUGUGGAAUAUUUUCUAGAUAUCACUUUUAUUAGGUUGAACUGAAAAGAUUUUUGUAAAUUUUUUGGCCAAAAAAUUUUAAAACAUAGUAACUUUGGACUAGGGGUACAUUCUUACAAAAUAAAUAAACAGUUUUUAAAAUUGUUUAAACACUUGGAAUAGCUAUCUUAGUGCCGAUUGCUUUUUAUUUUUUGUCUUCAUCAAAAGGUAAUGUAGGUUAUUCACCUUUAACAUUUUUAAAAUAUUUAUCACUAGUGUUGGGAAUGGUUGGUCUUUGAGAUGCCAUCCUUUUUCUUAAGAAAAGAAAAACAGCAUAAAAAAUUGUCUGGUUUGCAUUCUACAGGAAAAGGCAAUAUUGGAGAAAGAAAACCUAAAAGCUAGAAUGGAAAAAAAGAAAUUAAAAAAUACUUAUAGAAACAAAUGA